CCGCAGUCGAUUUGAUCACAUUUCUGAUCUUCUUCGAUCAAUCCCACACCAAAAAUGGCGGCGUGGGAGAGCACGAAGAACCUCGUACGCGCAUUCGUCGACUGCGGAGACAACAUCAUUUUCUUAUCGAUGUCGCGGUUCCUGAGAGACUUACAGGGACACCGCCGCCCGGCGGCUCCGCCGGCCGCGGCAGUCACAGCCGCCUUCAGGUUUCUCGACGUCGCCGUGGCGGCCACCUUCGCCGUCGUUGCGUUUACUGUUUUGGUCACGAGUAGAAGAGAGACGCCGACGAUGCCGUUACGGUUAUGGAUCUUCGUCUUUGCCCUUCAAUGCCUCGGCCACCUUGCAUGGCUUUACGUGAUGCAUUAUCCUCAUCUACAACAACAAUUGAGGGUUACCAACUUAAUUAAGCAUGUGGAAUAUGGAAAAGACUCGGCCUAUUUUACUUGGUGGUUUCUUGGAUUGUCUUGGCUUGUGAACUCAAAUGGCUAUGACGAGGUUGCUCCUCAACUAACUAGCCUCACCGCGGUUUUCCUAUUUUUCGAUUUCGCUAUUUUCUUGGUUGUUGUUUGGGGAUUUAUCGUUACCACAACUAUUCUCAUUUGUUUGCUACCUGCGAUUUAUGUCGCUUUUCGCUUUUCGAGAGACCAAGGCCAGGGAAUUCGAGUUCAGAACAUACAGCUUCCGCCAUGCCCAUUUUGUGAUUACCCUCUCCACAAAACAUGUUAUCGUCUAAUAUGAAACUGUCAAACCAAAAUCAUUUGUACCUACAUACCAAUAACUUGUUCUUUAGGCAAGUUGAAUUUAUGA